AUGUCGAUCAUAGUUGAAGCGGUAAAGUUCUUUAUUCGGACGCAAAUGUACUCCAGAUACAUUAAAAAAAUAACUAAUGAUCGGCAUAACGAUGGCGAUCAUUUGGUAGACAUUGACAGGUUAGAUCCUCUACAGAUAACUUGUGGCCAAGAAAACAAUGCCUUUCAUGUUGCAGUGAAAUGGGGAGUUAGCCCUCAAGCUGAUCGGGUCCAAACCUUGCUAAGGGAUUACCCCUUACUUGCCUAUCAGCCGAACAAUAAAGGCGACACCCCGCUACAUGUGGCGGCAAGGUUAGGGCAUGAGAGCUUCGCUGUGGUUCUGAUAGAACAUGCAAGGGCAGCAGCAGCAGGCCAUAGUGUUGACUACUACAGAGAUGUGCUGAGCAAGGUAAAUACGAAGGGAAACACAGCUCUUCAUGAAGCUGUACUCAACGGUCACUUCCAAAUUGCGAAGCGGUUGAUCGAGGAACACCCAGGUUUGACAGAUUUUGUAAAUGAGGCUGGGGAAUCUCCUCUCUUUCUGGCCGUAGAAGGACAAUUUUAUGAUAUUGCUUCCAUCAUUUUGGACACUAAUCCAACAUGCUCUCUGUUAGGAGGGAGCGGCAUGACUGUCAUGCAUGCUGCUGUCAUUUGUUCGUCCCCUUUUUAUGUAAAAGUUGGUGAAUUGAGGUUUUUGAGAAGUGUUACAAAGGGUUUUGACGAAUUUGUUAAAAAAGUGCUGGAGAGAUGUGGAUCCGAGAUUUUAGAAAGAGCAGAUGAGUAUGGAUGGAUGCCUCAUCACCAUGCUGCAAACAUCGGACAAUCAGAAAUCUUUAAACUAUUUUUGGAGGCCAAAAGAUCUCUUGCUUACAUCAAAGAUAAACAAGGUAUGAAUGCUCUUCACAUCGCCGCAAGAAAAGGAUACACAGAAGUCAUCAGAACAUUGUUAGAAGAAUGUCCAGAUAUUGCUGAGCUGUUGGACAAUAGAGAGCGAACUGCUCUUCACAUUGCUGUUGAACACAAACAGCUUUCUGUGGUACGUACUUUGUCACAUGAGAGAGCUUUCAUUGAUCUUAUAAAUGAGCAAGACAAUGAGGGAUAUACAGCUCUACAUGUAGCUGCUCUCCAUUGUCACCAUAGAAUUUUUUUGUGUUUAGCAAGUAAUAGGAGUACCAACAAGAGAAUCAUCAAUAAGAUGGGAGCGACUGCGUUUCAGAUUUUUGCGGGCCGUUCAAAAAUACUUGGUAAACUUGGGAAGUUUGCAGCUAUAUAUAAAGUGUAUCAGAAAUUCCACCUUCUAACUUUACAAUUAAUGGCACGGUAUCCUAGAGAAAGUGACGAAACGUAUGAAGAAACCCUAUCAAAAAUGACUCAAUCUGAACUACAGGAAAAAAAUAAGGAACAAGAUGUAAAGCACAUGCAAAACAUGAACUUAGUGGUGUUGACACUGAUUACAGGUGCUGCAUUUCAAGCAGCCAUUACCAUGCCAGGGGCUGGGAAGUAUGGCACUCCAAAGGGAUUGGAAGCUUUUAAAAGCUUCAUGUAUUACAAUUCGAAUGCAUUUGUGUUCUCGUCGGCCACUAUGCUAUUCCACUUUAUAAUUUCUCUUUUCUCCAAUUCGCGACUAGUGAAUCUAAGGUAUCGCAAUUUCUUUAUAACAGUUUCUGUAUCUUUGUCCAUUUACUACUAUUUGUUAGCCUAUAAGAUGGGUACAAAAGCACUGCUAUCUGAGAAGAAAGAGCUAAAUAGUCUGAAGAGUGAGAACAUUGAUUUGAAUGAUAUAGUCCCUACAUUCUGUUUCACUGUCACGUUGCUCGUUUACUUUGGUUGCUUAUUGUGGUUAUAG